UCUGGGCACCUCUGUGGAAGUUGGGGGUCUUUUCAAUGCAUUGCUGCAUUUGAUGGAAACCUAACCAUUCCCAAUUGGGACUCACCUCCUAGAUGAAUUAUUUUUGUCAAUGUUUUGAUCAUAACACAGGCCUGAGCAUCUACAUUGUAGAAUUAAUGCAGUUUAACACUACUUUAUUUGGCAUGGCUCAAAGCAAUUGAAUCCUGGGAGUUGUAGUUUUACAAGGACUUUAAACCUUCCCUGCCAAAGAGUGCUGCUGCCUCAGCCAAAUACAACUUCCAGGAUUCCAUACCAUUCCUCUGCCAAUCUAGAGGUUUUUAUUGAUCGUCUCCCAUCCAACUUUUAACCAAGGUGGACCCUACUUAGCUUCCAAGAUCAGAUGGGAUCUGAGGCUUUUAGUCUACUUAGCCCCAAGGAGGCUCCUCUUUGUCCCUCCUAGGCCAUGUCGGUGGGCCUCUCUCUCACACGGGCGAAUGUCUUAUUCCGGCAACAUCUUUUUACCUUCCUGGAGCACCCCAGUCGGCCCAUCCACGCCUCCUGGGCUGCGUUCGCUGGACACAACAAAUGGUCCAAGGUCAAGAAUGUGAAAGGCCCAAAAGAUCUGGCUCGGGCCCGCGUUUUCCAGAAGCUCACCAUGAUGAUCCGACUGGCAGUCAAAGAAGGAGGCCCCAACCCAGAACUGAACAGCAAUCUAGCCAAUGCUCUUGAGCAAUGUCGGAACAAGAGCAUGCCAAAAUCUUCCAUUGAAGCAGCAAUCUCUGGUGGGGACAAAGCCAAGUCCUCCUACCUGCUCUAUGAAGUGCGAGGCCCUGGCGGCUCUUCCCUCCUUAUUGAGAUCCUGACGGACAAUGCAAAGAGGUCUUCCAACGAAAUACGCUAUAUUUUGAACCGACAUGGGGCCAUCUUGGCUGAUGGGGCUCGGCACAAUUUUGAGAAGAAGGGAGUUGUGUCUGUGAAGCAGGAGGAUCGAUCCGGCAACCCAGUCAGUUUGGAUCGGGCCCUUGAGUUGGCUAUUGAAGCUGGAGCCGAAGAUGUCCAGGAAGAUGAAGAUGAAGAUGAGAAGACAACGUUAAAGUUUAUCUGUGCGGUGCCCACUUUACGCCAGGUCCGUGAAAAACUAGAGUCACUGGGCCUUUCCUCGCUCUCUGCCAGUGUGGACUUUAUCCCAACUAUCAGCGCCCAGCUUUCAGAUGAAGAAAUGGAACGGGCAUCACAGCUCCUAGAGGCACUUAAGGAUCAUAUGGACGUUGUGCAAAUUUAUGACAACAUUGCCUAGAUUUACAAGACUCUCUGUGUAGGAACUUGUCUCCUCUGAAUGGAUGCUGCCAAAGAUUUUGCAGCAGGGUCUUUUUCUUUGACUUUUUAAGUGAGGGACAAGCAUGGGACGCGUUUUCUAAUUAAUUCAGAUUGCCAGCCAUGGGUGAAGGUUACUUUAUUUGACCUGUCAUUUCCUACUAGGCUCCCUCACAGUUCCUUACAAGAAGAAAUGACCACUUGGUCUGUAGAUAGAAUGAAAUGGUUUGUGAAUCAAAUGCAGAUGCUGGGAAAACAUUGUAGAAAGAGCUUGGAGUCUAACCAUUUUGUACACUAGCAAAUGCCAGAGUGUGUUUACCAAGAAGACCUAAAAUAGAUUGGUGAAGUGCAGCCAUGGGCUACAUCCAGCUUCACACACCUGUUUUGUGUCCACCGGGACCUCUCUGUCUGAAACAAAAAAUGAAGAGGAAAUGAUUCCUGCUCACCUUCUGUUCUUAAAAAAGGCCUCUUACCUAAAACAUGACAAAAAUGUUCCCAUGUGCACUAAAAAGAAUUUGGGGGCAAUUUAGUGGUGGGAUACGGGCCUCCAAGGUCUUUUGGGAUGCAAAUGUUCCUCCUUAAGCUUUCCAGUUACUUAUCUUGGCCUAAAAUCGGAACUUGGGAAUGUUACCUUUUGGACAGCAUCUUCCAGAAUCCCCCACUCAGCAUAGCCAUGUGGGCUGGGAAUUAUAGUCAGACAGAAAGGUGAUUUUCCUAGUUCUGUUGCAUAUCCCAUCCCUCUGGUGAAGCUGCAGUACUAUCUGGUGGAAUAAAAUCUCUGCCACAUGCCAGUGAUCUUUCUGAUUCUUGCUGGUCUAAGAAUGUGUGCUGUCCCUUAGGUGCUCUGACCAUUGAAUGUCUUGCCACCUGCUUUGGAAACCAAACAGGCCAGCAAUCUUGUUUGUCUUCUUUCCAAGGAUAUGGAAGAUUGCUCAGUUUUUUUGUGUGUGUCAGGAGCGACUUGAGAAACUGCAAGUCGCUUCUGGUGUGAGAGAAUUGGCAGUCUGCAAGGACGUAGCCCAGGGGACGCUUGGAUGUUUUUGAUGUUUUACCAUCCUUGUGGAAGACUUCUCUCAUGUCCUCGCUUGGGGAGCUGGAGGUGGCAGAGGGAGGUCAUCCGCGCUCUCCCCGCAUUCGAACCACCGACCUGUCGGUUUUCAGUCCUGCCGGCACAAGGGUUUAACCCAUUGCUCCUGCUCAAUAAGAUGAUUUUCAAAGCUUUUAUUAUAAAAAGACUCCACUGACAAUUCUCAUGCACAAGUCUAUUAACAACGUAAAGUAUUAAAACAUUUAAUUUUGA